ACAUUGAGUGCGCGGUGCAUAAAGAGCGCACAGAGCAGCAGCGCGCUUACAUUCAUCCACGCUCUGACAGACGGACCCACAUUUUUGUCAUCCGCCCUUUAAGAAAAGAAAAUGGAGCUAAAACAAUUGGACUAAUCUCGCACCUGAUGGACUGCAUGCAGUGACUGUCUCUUUGGAUUUCUGUGAAUUUUACGCGCAGCCACUGAGGAGAGAAAAUGUGGAGAUACACGAACUUGUUCGCCUGUCUGCUGGUGUUGUGUCAGGAUGUAUCUUCACAAAGCAAGGUAAAGAAAACUAUAUAUCUUCAUUUUAACAUCCCAAAAUUCAUGCAUUAUAUAUAUUUCAUUACAACAAGGGCUGGUCUCACUCAUUAAUGCCUAAAAUCAAACCUUACCUGCUGCACUUUCUGUGUCAUGGUGCCUGUGCCUCAGACAAAUUGGUGACCUGACCAAUACCCAACAUUUUCUCCCACCAGACCUGGAAAUUUACUGUCUAACACAGGCAGAUGGUUUAGGUUAGGUGUCAUUUUUGAUGCUUUGAGAUAAUCUUCCCAAUGAGGGCUUUUGGGUGACAGGAGUAACAAUAGGUCCAUGUAAUGAUAGCUCCAGUGAGUGCCGGCCUAAUGCCAGCAGAGUGUGGGAGAGAUGGCACUCGCAGUAAUAUCUGGCUGCUCUUGUUUGCACAGCUGCUGGACUCCAGUAACCCCUCACUCUCCCUCAGCCUAAUCCUGCUCUACAAUCACACACACACAUACACACACACACACACACACACACCAGCAGACAAAACACAUGUACAGUAUACAUUAUAUGUGGAGAGCAGAGGCACUGUCGUACAUGUAAGGCCAAGUAUGGUGUGUGUGAUUGUCAAGAAUCUGCUCUGGAUACAGUCAGAGGUGGAAUGAGCAGCAAUGUGAAGAGUAAACGCUUCAUAGUUGACCUAAUAGUGACACAAAGUGGGACUCAAAAUAGAAUAUCAGUUGUGGUGUAAGCACAAGGAUGUGUCGUUGCACAAAAACUCUUUGUGGUAUGUGAUCAAAAGUGUGCGCACUCUGCAGGGUGUUUCCGAUGAAGGGAAAUCUUCAUGUUUCAGCCCUAAGAGACAAUAUUGACAGUAAAGCCCUGCAAACUUUGUAUGUUACUUAUGUAACACUGUGUGUAUGUUCAUUUGUCGUUUCAACAGGAUUGUGCAGCACAAUGCCUCACAAAGAAUAGUUUGAUUUUGGAUUGUAAGAACUUGGCCGGCCCAACUCCGAUGAAAAACCUUUGGACUGACUGAGAACCAGACAAUAUCACAAACAUCAGUGUUUGACCUCAUUAAUACUCUUGUGUCUGAGUGGGAACCAGUCCCAACAUCUGGUGGGAAGCCCGGAACAAGUGGUUACUUCAGCUUUCUAGAGCAGGGAGUUAGGGCAAAAAGUAAAACAAGAAUAUUUCCUUUUUUUUCAGUUUUUGAUAUUUAUCUUUUCACAAGCGAUUAUAGUGCAAGUUUGGAAAGCAUACUAUAAUAUCAAGGGCCUAAGGAACCAGGUGCAUGAUUAAGAGUAUAAUUCAUCUUAAAAACUAAAUUGGUGUGCCAUAGUGGUUACCUGGUAAGGUUUGUGCCUCAUAAGGCUGUAUACUUCUUGCAGCAAGUCGUGGCUCGACUACAAUAUCGGCCCUUUGAUGCGUUUAAUUGCCUUUUUCUUCCCUGCUUUUCCUGCUUGUCCUCAACUUACCUAUCACGUACAGGGAAAAUUUGUUAAAAACAAAAAACUUCAAAAGAUACACGCACUACUAUUUCCUUUCACUCAGUUUUAAUCUCCUCAUUCCAGUGAAGAUUAGUUUAUCCAGCGAAAAAAGUAAAUAAAUCAGCGCUGUGUUUAAAGACUGUGUUUCUCUGACACUCUCAAGCAGAGAGAGGAUGUAAGGAGGAGCUACAAGGUGAGUUGCUGCUAGCGAUGCUGGGAUAGGAAUUCUUCAGUGGUUUUGAUUUAAAGUUUCUGCCGGAAACUUAUGUAUAAGCAAAGAUCUGAUCAUUCUGCGGUCCAACAGAUUGCUCCUGGGUUCCUCCCUAGCUCUGCUGCUGUAAAAGCAACAUACACUUUCUGGAUCUAAUCACUCAGACACAAUGGUAACUCGGGAUGUUUUUGUGUAUGUUUAGGUAAAAUAGUGUAAUAAAUGUUUGUAAGCUCCAUUCCUGUUCACACUGUAUACAUCAGGCUUCAAAUACAGCACUGAGUUCUGUCACAUCCAGAAAUACUCAGAUGACACCGCUAUCACGGCAUGUAUCAGAAAUGGACAAGAAGCUGAAUACAGAGAACUGAUAAGAACCGUCAGAGACUAGAGUCACAAAAACUGACUCCUACUCAACCCCUCAAAGACAAAGGGCUGCCCAUUUUUGUAGAUGAAGUCUAUGUCCUUAGACCAGUCCAACUUAUUGUCACCACCUCGAUGUCCAUCACAAUGUUCACUGGCUGAAGAGGGGGUUUGGAUCUACAGAAGUCUAUGACCGCUUCUUCAUGAGCCGCUAUGAGCCGCUUCUUCUGCCUGAGAAGUCUCCGACCAAGAGCAGCAGAGUGGUGACUUUCAGAGCAAGAAGGUCCUGGGUUCGAAUCUGGGCCAGGGCAUUUCUGUGUGGAGUUCUCUCUGUGUUUGCUUGAGUGUACUCCGGGUACUCCAGUUUCCUCCCACAUCCCAAAAACAUGCACAAGUGGGGUUAGGUGAAUUGACAACUGUUAAUUUGCCCAAAGGUGUGGAUGGUUGUUUGUCUCUAUAUGUCAGCCCUGCGAUGAACUGGCGACUUGUCCAGGGUGUCCCCUGCCUUCCCCCGAAGAUGCUGGGAUAGGCUCCAUCCCCCCUGGUAGAAAAUGGAUGGAUGGCUGGACUCCGUCAACAGACAUCUGUAGUAAGAUGCUGCAGAUGCUUUAUCAGUCUGUGGUGUCUACAGUGUUCUGUUCUACGCUGCUGUCUGCUGGGGUGGCAGUAUCAAACACAAGGAUGCAAGACGUCUGAACAAACUGGUGAAAAAAGCCGGCUCUGUGGUUGGAAUCAAGUUGGACUCAGUGGAGGAUGUUUUAGAGAGAUUACUGAGGAAGGUGGAGGCUAUUCCGAAAAAAAAAAAUGGCUCAUCUACUUCAUAACACCUUGACGGACCAAAAAAACAACAGUGGUAGACGACUCAUCUCCUCUCACGACUCCUCUCAGAUUGUGUAGGUCCUUUAUACCCACAGCAAUCAGAUGUUCCUACCUGUUCCUACCAUGUUCCUCCCCAGAACAUCUGCAGGAAUUGAUAAGAAGAUUAACAAUAAAUUGAUAAUCGAUAUCAGUGAAAUCCUAUCAAUUCCCAUCCCUAUUCCUCAUCCGUCAUCAGCCUCACAGUUCCAGCCUGCAGGCCACUGAAGACACCCAGUCAUAGUCUCUGUAGCCAGACUGGUUGCCAUCGAUGGGAGACAAAGCAGGCUUGGAGAGAGGGCACAGAGGGCACCAGAAGGUGGCGUGGGAACGAGCAUGUGCACCUGCCUCAUGUUUUGGUUGUAAACAAACCAGAGGACAAUCAGUGCAAGGUCAGUUUGGGGCUAGAGAGAAGCAGACUGCAGACAGGGGUGCUCAGUCAGCCUCAGAGAAACAGACAGCAGUAAAGAAAAGGGGCUUCAUCAUAAAUAUUCACUUACAGGCACUGUAUUGUGCUUUGUAUGCAUGAAUGCCACAAUGAGCAUGAAAUAACAUUUCUCUAUGCUGUGUUAUGCCAACAUGACUUCAUUUAAUUAGGGAGGUUUGAUGAGUGUGUAAAUAUUAUCAGACUGCAGACCGUCAGAUCUCCCUGUUUGUGGUUUAAACAAAGCCUAAGCUGUUGGAAAUGAGAGCGACUAACACCUAAUUUAAGAUGAAGUAAUGACCACAAAAUAUGAAUUUGGAGGAGAAUGGGUUAAAGUCUGCUACUGACCCAUGUGUAUGACCCUGCACAUGAGCAGGGUUUUCUACAGUUUGACAUCUCUUGGCUUUAAACCAAAUAAACAUGGAUAUUAUUCAGUGUCUGAGGCUAUUUCUCUUAAAAAAAUAAAAAUAAAGGUACACAAAAGUUUAACAGCAUUUGCUUUCACACGGUGCUAAAUUGAGGCGCUAAAUUUAAAGUUUGCAUUUCAAUAUCAUGUUAACUGGACCUGUAAUUCCCUUGAUUUUACAAGAUUUCGGAGUGGCAAAGUUUACAAAAUUCUAUCUUAGGUGCAGGUACAAAACCCAUGAUUUAAAUAGUCCCUUGAGUUUGUAAUGCAUUACCUACUGAGCUGAAAGUGUGCAACUUUGUAGACAUAGAUUAUAUAUAAUGAUAAUAUGCUUGUUUGACCAGGUGGCUAUUUAUACAUAGGCUAUAAUUGCACCCAUAUAUUCUCAAAGGUACUCAAAUUUCCAAAAAGUCAGGACAAUGUACAAGAUAAAGUUUUACAAAUCAUGUCAACCCACCCUGCAGUCAAUCAAAAUUAGUGUUCAGACAACAUACUGAAAGUUGGGACUCAGACAUUUUAAUUGUUUUAUGUAAAAUAUAUGCUCUUUUUUAACUUGAUAACAGCAACAAUUUUAAAAAGGUUGGGACAAGGACAUGUCUACUGUUGUGUAGCAAUACCUCUAUAUUUACCAACACAUAGUUGAUGUUUGGGAACCAAGGAGAUCUGUUUUGAAGCUGAAUUGCUGUCCCUUUUUUUCAUUUUUAGUUCUUUUUUUUCAGGAUUUAAACUGCAGAUGAUUUGAAUAGGUGACAAGUUGGGACAGCAAGCCAUCUGGCACCCAGUCUACAACUAGAUUUGGCAUUUCAUCACCAAAUUCUCUUUUUUAUCAACAUUUCACACAGCAUCCCCACUCUUUUGGAGCUGUGGUUACCAAAAAAAGUUCAAAUUAUUGGAGUUAUGGAUAUGUGCAUAACUUGAAGAUUAAGAAUGCAAUGCAUUGUUGAGAUGCAUGGAGUUGCAUUCAUCGAUUUGUGCCUGAAAAGGUAUAGUUUGAGUCAGUUUACAGCCUAGUGAGCGGCUGAAAAUAAACAUUUCUUUUUCGUUUUGUUUUUGGCCAAUUCAAAAUGGGUGUGUCAGAUAUGUCAUAGAGGCAAAAUGAUUUAAGCUGUCAGAUUUAUCUAUUACACCCCUUGUAAAAAUGCUGGAAGAACAAGUAUUGGCUAAUAAUCUAGAUUGGAAAUACAUGUUUAAAAUUCAAUUAAUUAGUUGGCCUCUUGAGAAUCACUGUGGCUGUUUCUUUGUAAGCUGAGUAAAGCUCAAGUUGUGUUUUAGAGACCGUUGAUAGUAAAUUACCCUUUCUCAAAGUAUGAUUAAGAAACAACUGAAAGUAAUAAAUAUUAACUUUUAGUGUAGCCACAAGUUCUCUCUUGUCCAUCACAGACAACGUGAUGUAGAUGUCUGCUGUCUAGAAGAAAAAAAAAGUUACAUACUUCAUUGGAUAUAUGGCGCACAAAAAAUAAUGUAUAUUCUGUAGGUGAUCUCCCAAUUUUUAGAUUGAUUUCCUCUUGCGUCUAAAUACAACCAAUAGUUUCCAUUUAAGUUAAAGACAAGAUGUUUCAAAACUCAUAGUAGCAUUAAGUCUAGAUGUUGAUAUUAAAAUGUAAGGGGCUGAAGAAUAAAUGGACAAGUAUAUAUGCCUUAAACCAAUUACACAUUACAGGAAUGUAGUGUUUGUACUUUGAGGCAUCUUACGCAUAUUUACUUUCCUGCUCUGAGUUAAUGGUGAAGACAGAUUGCGAUCUGUUUGUACAGUUAAUAUGAGCCGUCUGCCAGCAUCUUAUCAUUAACAGUGAAAACAAGACAAACAGCUACGAUAACAAAAACACAGAGUUCAAACAAAUGUCUGUGGUUUUACAGGGGGGCUAUGUGCUGGAGUGUAUCCUGGCCCUCCAAAGAAAGUUGCAGAAGUCUUACUUGUGAAACUCUCAGAAACAAGUAUUAAAGUGGUUACGGCAUCUGACUGUCUGCAGCAGAUCUUUUCUUGAGUUUAGUCCUGAUAGAGACAGUAGAUUCUUUGGGUACCAAAACAACAUCUGCCAAUACUAUGAUGUGCAUCCGCUGGAUUGUAAUCUCAUUAUUUUCAGGAUGUGAAGGAUGACAAGCACUGACCCAGUGACCUGCAAUGGGCAGCAUUACGAGUUCAAGUCAAUAGUAAGAGCUGAUUGUGGUUUACUGUAUUUCAAAAGGUUGACAGUUGGACUGAAAAGCUGCAAGGUUUCACCCAGAGUGUGUUUGUGUGCAUCAGUUCUUUUGCUUAAUUAAACCAAGAGCAAUUCCAGCUGUAGAUAUCUCUUUUAAGCUGUGAUAGGAGGCAGAGACAUGGCAUUUCAGCAAUGUUGUUGAUAUGCACAAAGAUGCAACUAUUAACAUAGUUGGUGGAGAGUAUUACAGAGCAGGCUGGAUCUACUGUUAUGAUCAUUGUCAAACAAGGGUGGAUUCUCCAACACUGGGCCUGAGCUGUAGAGGUCUUAGUAAGUGCAUUUUGUCGCCUUGGGCUGGAGCCGAUGUAGUUUCCUUCUGUUUGCAGUCUUAAUGGUCCUAAUGCUAAACUAAACAACCAAGCAAUUUUUGAAGUUUUAUAUUUAAAUGUUGAGUGUAAGAAUAUAUGUCAGUAUAACUUUGUAAAAACAAUCCCAAAAAGAUAAACAUAUCCUCUAUCUCUGCUUUAAGAUAAUGUAUUUUGAUCCUUAUUCAACCAAACCAUUGUUGCCUUUAGCAGACGUUCUAUAAUGAUUAGUAUUGGCAUUAAUACAUGAAUGGUAAUCUCGAUAAAUAGGUAGAUAUGUAGCACUAUCAACAAAAGGUUGUAUUAAUACUGAAAUGCAAAUUUCUUGUUUAAAGCAGGUCAGUAUUUCCUACAUUUAUACAUCUGCAGCCUCCUGUGAACAUCUGCGGUAAAUAAUCAUGUGGAGGGAAGGCACUGGCAACAUCUGUCAUUCUUCUCAUAGUUAAAGUCACCAGACACAUGCGCAUAAUUAGAAAAUAAAUUGUGCAAACUAAUGGAUUGUUAAAGAAUGUGGGUGUAGUGAGAGGAACGGUAUUGAGAGACCUUUUCUGAUAACUGUUUUAGAAGGAUGUACCCCCUUCAAAUUACUCUGUUAUUGAACAUGCAUCAUAUGCAGAAGCCAUAAAUGAACAUCACAGACAGGAGGAUAUGGACAUGCACUUACAAAGGUACUUAAGGAGAGUGCACACAGAUGGGUGCUAUACGUCCUGCUUAAGGGCAGUACCAAAGAAGUGAAUAAGCAUCUCUCCAGCUACCUGUCUGAUUUUUGUUCUUAAGGCUGUGCUAAGACCUGAGCUUGGAGACCCUCUGGAUCCCAGGCCAAAACUCUGGAGACUGAGUAACUCCUGCCUCCUCAGGUGAAGCCCCAUCGCUAUUUUUAGUUUAGCUAGGAUAUAAAAAAAAUGUCACAGUCAGCUUUGAAUGAAAAGACAAAGAAAAAAAAAAUAAACAAACCAUACGUUAGAUUGCCAGCUGAGGUUCCUUGAGUAUUUCAGACAUCUUUUUAUUGCCAUUCUCCAUUGAAAAAAAGGGUCUUGUAAAAGAUUGGAUCCACUGAAUAGUAAGACAGCCUGAAAAGGGACUUGAUAGAAAUGAUCAAUUCAGCCCUUUGGUUUAUCUUGGUUAAUAAGUCUAUGAAGGAUAUCUGUUGUUCUUUUUGUGUGAUGCUCUGUUGUGAUGACUGAGAGUAUCUGGACACAUAAACAGACCCAGUAGGAAUGUGGAUGUGUACCCACAAAAACAGCGAGUGCUUGAUACACUUUGUGUUCGGCUAAUUAGCAGCCCAGUGCUAAUGCUAGUGUUUUUGUUUAUAGUCUGAGCCCCCGACCUCCCAUUUCAUCUCCAGACCGAGGGCACUCAUAGAAUCCCCUCUUUGUACCAAGUUAAUCUUACAGUGGCCAAGUAAGACUGUUUAUCAUAAGCACCGCUAAUUAGAUUAAAAAAUCAAGCAGACUCUUUGGACUGGAAUGUGGACCUUGCUUUUGGUCUUGAGUACACUUGACAGGAGAUGAUGUGGUUUUAAAGGCGUAGUUCAUCUAUCAGGACUGAGAGUCUUAUAGGCUUAAGGCUGAUUAGCAUUGGUUUUCAUGGAGGAUUUUUUUAGUGUUAGUUGUGGGAAAAUUGUUCAAAAAGCAACGAGGAGUGUGGGGGCAGGAUUAGCUUCAGGACAUAACAGGAAUCACAGCAUUACUGUUUGUGUUUGAAGGCUGGAACGGGCGGGUAAAUGUGCCACAGGAUACCUGCACUGUCUGCCCUUUUCACCACACAGCUGUCCGGGCGAUGGCCAGUUGGCAGAGCACUAAAAGCAGAGGAUAUCCUUGUUUAUACGAGCAAGGCUGCAGAUAAAACAGACUGGAGCUACCGAAACACGGCUGAAACUCUGAGGCUAAUGAAUGCAGCCGCCCUUGUGUAACACAUCUUGUGUUUUUAGCAAUCUGGAGCACAACUGGGGUUUCACUUCAUCACUGUCAGGGUGUGUUAGCUGUUCGAGGCUGCAGUGGUUGAUCUAAUAGAGCUCUCUGCGGCAUGCGGGCUCUUUUCCUCCCUUUGUGCAGACAUGAGUUCAUGUUUGAGCUGUGUUCUUUUUGACCCCAAACUUGACUGCACUUGAAAGGUCAAAGCCAAAGACUCAAAGCUCAAAGCAUGCGUUAAAUACUCCUUACUCUUAAUUAUUAGCGCUCUAAAUCGUGUUGCCUGUUCUCAUGCUGGUAGGUCAGCUUGGCAUGAGUUGUUGGACGGUCAGUUAGACAUACCGGCACAUAUAAUUUGACAGGAGGAGGAAACUGCUCUGGAUUGCAGAGUGAUUCAGAUUCAGAAGUCUGUCUGCAGCUGAAAGGCCUGUGAGGUAGCGGUUAAGUCCUUCUUGACCAGACAAACCAUGAAGCCCAAAGUAAAUCUGGCAGGAAUUUGUGACUUCUUCAAAUCAAAGCGACUUAAGCUGAUGUUGCUAUGCAGCAUUCAGAGUUUGACUGAGGUUGAACAAUGCAGCUCAGCAUGGCCGUGGGCAUAGUCUCUGCUAAAGAAGUUUAAUCUGCUAAUCCACUCUGUUUUCAUGUGGCUGUAGGAUUUGUCAACCUGCUGCCUUUUCGCUUGACAUGGGUCAGGAUUGGCCCGGCUGUGCUCACAGGAGUCCUGCCCCAUAUCAGACCCCCUCCCAGUGUGUCUGCAGUAAUAGAAGGGGAAGCACAAUCCCCCGUCACAUCUUCCCCCAUCAGUCAGCUUGCAUUCUUUCACUAAUGAGCCCCCCACAACCUCCACCUCCACCUCUCCUUCCCAUUACCUUCCUCCUGCUGUUGCCCUACUGAAAGACUUCUUCCAUUGUUAAAAAUUCACUAAUGUAACACCAACAUGACCAAAUCACACUUUCCAAUUCUGGAAACCUAACCUCAUCGUUGCUUCCUUCCCUACAAGCCCAACAUCCAUCAUGUAUUUACUUGUUAUGAUCAAAGAGGUACUUGAAACAUUUUAGUGCACUUUUUCUGGCUCAUUGGACGCAAAUAUUAAAAAUGAACGACCUUGAUAAUGUGCAUGAAAGUGCAAAGCCCCUUAAGUCCCAUAAGGUAAUUGUUAAUGCAGAUAAUUAUGCUAUUAUUUUUUUAUUAUUAGCAUUAUUUGUUUUAGUAUUACACUAAAAGUGGUAUUUUGCAUGUGACUUGAUUGCCCGAGCUUGAUUUAAAUUAGAGAUGCACCGAUCAAUUUUUUUUCCAAUCCAAUCCGAUACCUGAGCUGAGCGUAUCGGCCGAUAUCCGAUACCGAUCCAGUACUACUGUUGAAUGAAUGAACUGUAUACUUUGCCCAGGCUUGACAUUAGCCUUGUUUAAAAAAAAGGGUAACAAAUUAACACAGACAUAAAUUUAUUUAAGAUCAUUUUUUAGCAAAUAACAAAUUGCGCAUUAGCACACAGCAAAAAGAAAUAAGACUUCUAUGUAAAAAUUUAGUGCAAAAGGAUAGACAGACAUAGACUAUAGAGCGAACAGAAUGGCUGUGUUCCUGUGUAUGAUAUUAACUAAAAGAAAAAAACACUGGAUCAGUCAUUCAUCAGAUUUCCGAUCCAGUUAAUUUGUCAACAUUGGAGCUGAUAUCUCUAAUUUAAAUACUAACUACAUUGCCACUGUCAACAUAGAGUGACCAUGACCCAUUACAAAGGUAACGUGUUGAUUAACUCAUAUACUGAAUACUUUUUAACAGAAAUUGUAAUGUUUACGAUGCUGCAUAUUUAAAAAUUAACCAUAUGCCAUGGCCCACCUGAUCAGCUUCCUUUGCUUUUUGUUGUAAAAAAUGAAUACUGAAAACAACUAUCAGCAAAUCAUGUAAUCACAUCCCACUAAACUUCUUCAUAGCCUCUAUGGCGUAUGCUGUUGUUGUUAUGAUUUUUCAAACUGAAAGGACACAAGCUCACUAAAGACAGAGGAACAACUUCCCAACUCAGACACUUGGGAGCACAUGAAUACAGCGUUAGUUAUGUAUGUACUUAACUCAUCUAAAAGGGUCACAAAACUGAUGUAUAUUUCUUAACUUAAUUGACAGCAUUGAUUAUUGGUUCAACAAAGGGAUCAAAUCUCUGCCUCCUGAAUCAAGGUCCAAUUUUGGUUGAAAACAAUCUUAAUUCAGAUCAGUUACCUAAAGUGGAAGUUUGAAAAGGCAUAGCUAUUAUAAUUUUAUCAAAGCUUUUCCAUUUUUGAUCCAAUUUCACAUUCUCUGUGAACUGGGGAAAGCAGAUUUUAGUAGAAAGAGUGAAGAAAAUUUACAGAGUUCUUUUCUACUCUCACCCUGCCAACUCACCAUCAGCACCUGAUUUUAUCAGGUCAGCAGUAAAUCUCUGUCAAUGGAUUCUUGUGUGAAGGCUAUCUCUACUGCCAGCUUGUGCUCGUCUCUCAUAGGAAAUGUGUGGAGAAUGUGCGUUUGGGGCUGCAAUGCAUUUCUUCCUGUUUAUUAAAUAAGCCGCGGCCGUGGCCCUGCCAAAGCUCUGUCAUCAUGCAUGGCAGCCAAAGGCCAGCUGGUGCUGCAGGUCUUUGUGAGUUGAAUUUGUCUCUGAGGUUUUGCUCUGAGUCACACCAGCUCAUGUUCAAAAAAGAGGAAGCAUGAGGUUAUUCUUCAGGAUCACUUUCCUUCCAUUGUUUUGGUUUCCCACUAUAAAAAUGGAUUUAUUAUUCAUGGAAGAGGUGAGACGAAUGGAACAGAUGGUGUAAGAAAGUCCGGAUUCACAGAUGAAAGUAGACAUAUCACACCUCUCCAUACACCUAUAAUUUAUACACUUUGAAAAUAAUCCACUGUCUUUGAUAAUUACACAGUAAAAUCCAGAAUAUACAGUCUGAGGUGUUAACUUUUACUCUGACCUGAAACGCCUUGCGCCACAAUUGAGAAACAUUUACACCUUGUCCCUUUAAGUGGUACUUAUAGGUCAAAGUGGGGAGCAUAUUAUUGUGUCAAGACCAGAUGAAAGUACCAAAAAUACAUUUUAAUAAAAACUGGAUCUCCCACAUCCUGUCUUUCAGAUCUUUGGGGAGACAGAGCCUGUCCGCAUGACAUCAGAGGGCUCAGACUGUCGCUGCAAGUGCAUCAUGCGACCUCUAAGCAAAGAUGCAUGCCUGCGACUGAAGAGCGGCAGUGUUCGUGUCGAGGAUUUCUACACAGUGGAGACUGUCAGCUCUGGAUCUGACUGUAAGUGCUCCUGCACGGCCCCACCAUCUUCCCUUAACCCCUGUGAGAAUGAGUGGAAGAUGGAGAAGCUGAAAAAGCAGGCCCCUGAGUUGUUGAAGGUGAGUUGAGAUUAAGAUUAAGCUUGGUGCCAAAAUGUAUUUAAAAAAAUGUAUUUGGUCAUCUUGAAAAUUGCUCUUUUUUUAUUAAAUAUUUUUGAUCACUGUAAGUUUUGGUCAAAAAAUUCCAGUCCCACUGAAACUGUGCCAAACUGAGCAUAAACUUCAUCAAAACACUACCACACCAAAAUUAUCAAUGCUUUGUUGAAUGUGUAAAACGUUUCUUUGUCAGUCUACCAAAAAUUCUGGCACCCUGACAGAUUUAAAGGAAAUGUGGAGGAGUGGAGAGCAGAGGAAGUCAAACCAGCAGCCUCUGCAGCAAGAACUGAAGCCCUAUAUAUAUGACGCUUAGACUCCAAGGCCUUCAGCACCCUAUUAACUAAUUAUUUAAAGUUUUUAUGAGUUUGGAUAAAAAGUCUCUCAACCCCUUAUAGAAUUGUGUGAAAAGUUCACAGUGAGCUAUGUAGUUGGAGCAGAUCUCUGUUUACUGCAACAGGUGAAACAAAAACCAGCAACAAUGAUUCAGAACAAAGAAAUCAAAUUGAUGGAUUACUCAUAACUGAUGGUUAGAGUGCAUGAUUUUGAGGCAGCAGCAGGGGUGUGUCCAGACUUUUUGGAAUGGGGUGACCUACCCGAAGUUCUGACAUAGGCAGGGAUGGUGGGUGUACACACUCUCUGUCUCUUACAAUCUACUUAAAAAUCUAAGAAUUAUAAAGUCUAUUAUGAUUCAUACAUAAUGUUUAAAACAACAAAGACCACAAUUAUUUAAGUUUAUUUUUUUUAAAUAGUUCUUUUGUAUAGUUUGUAAAAAGUGCAACACUGAUAGAUUUUGCCAUAAAAUUGGAAACCAUGUCAACACAACAAAGAAACUUGUUGAAAAGGAGUGACAGUAUUUGUUGAAAGAAAGAACAGAAAAAAAUUGGUUAAAACAAUGACUCCCUGAAUACACAGCUAAAAAAAAAGUCAUUCCUCAACCCUCUGUGACCUCUAGUUACAUGCCAUCAAACAUCUAAUGUGGACACGUCAGCACUUCUUCGCACGGACUCAAAGCACUCCUUCAUUUCUUGCAGGCAUGAGAAGCACGCUAUGCACCCUGUUAAACAAAAGGCAGAUGUUUGAUCUGACUCCACUUUAAACUAUGGAUUAACCCAAUAAAUCGCUGAGGGAAAUAGUUGUGUUCAAACAGACAGGCAGAAAUGAACCGAGACCGAGACCAAGAGCACUCAGCGUCCUAUUGGGUGGAGACUGGGUGUCAAUAUUGGAAAUCACUGCAAAUUUUUUUAAAGGGUACUUAGGCUUAUUACUCCAGCUUGACCUGAGGAAUGUAAAACUGUCAGGUUUGUGUUCAGCGGAAGGUAAAUAACACAAGUUCUCUCCUUUUAUGGCUUUAAUGACCAGCUCCAAUCUAUGGUGGACCUUCUCGAGGGAACACUUUACAGCAUGGAUCUCAUGAAAGUUCACUCCUACAUCAACAAGGUGGUGAAUCAGAUGAACACACUAGAAGAGGUAAGCAAAUAACUACACUCAUGUACGUCUUCAUACCAGCGUAAUCAAAAGAUACCUCAACGUUGAACUAAAGCCAUGAUAAAACUGUGUUUUUUUUCUGCAGACAAUCAAGACAAACCUCACACGUGAGAAUGAAUUUGUUCGGGACAGUAUGAUGAGCCUCACCAACCAGUUCAAGAGAUACGAGAACUACUCCAAUGUUAUGAUGAGCAUCAAAAAGGAGAUCUCCAGCCUCAGCCUGCAGCUGCUGCAGAAAGACUCAGCCGAGAGCAAAGCUCAGGUUAGAGACAACUCUGUGGUUGUGCAAUACACAAAUCAGUCAAAGAACAUGUUAUACUUUAAGUAGCAGUAUCAGCAUCAGCUUUCACUAUUUCUUCUUUGUGCUUUACAUACACUUGACAUUGUCUUGACUUUUGACGACAGCAUUGCAACUUCUCACCCUGAACAUGAUAUCAAGAUGAAAGACGACUGCCUGUAGAAGACUACGAGCAUUUUAAAAUCAGUGCCAGCGAUAAGUGCAGGAUUAGCAGAGGAUUGCAACCGCUGGAAAACAGAAUCUCAGUAAUUUACACAAGUCAAAUCCCAGACUUAUUUGUUACAGUAUCACGAUUUGGUCAUGUCAAAGAAACUCAACCUGUCUUUGACUCCAGUUCCUCUAAAGCUCCUCUGUUUACACAGCUACAACAAUGACGUCAGUGGACACAGUAAUAAAACUGUUAAACUGGUAGCAUCUGCCAUAUUAGCUCAAUUCAAGAGAAGUUGAGAUGCUGUAUCAAAUAACAUAACUUGAUAGUAGUUCAUUAAAAAAGUGCAAAAACAACAUAUCAAAUGCUGAUACUGAAGAAAUCACAUAUUUAUGGAAACUCUUGGAACAUUAUCAGCAGGGUUAUUUUGAACAAGAUGGUGCACAUUCAGUCUUUCAUGAACAGAGUCAACCAAAAACUAAUAAUGAUAAAGACAGAGACCAGUUAGAUGUAGCCUUACCUAACCAAAAUAUCUUUGUUUGCAGGACACUAAUGAUGAGAAGACCAAGGAGGCUGUAAAAAUACCCAACAAAAAGAGCCCCGCAGCCAAACCCCCACCCAAGCUGCCUAAAGAAAAGGUAGUAAAACCCAAGAAAGAGGUUGUUAAAUCUGGGAGGCCGGUCAAGCCUGACCCAACAGCCAAAACCAAGGUUGGCCACCAGCCUGGCGUGGUGAGAGGCAUCACAUACUACAAAGCUGCCAAGACCGAGGAUGAUGAGCACAGAGGAGGUGAGAGAUAUCAACUUGACCGGGCGUAGAAAAGUGCUCAUAGAUAACCACCCUUUGUAAGCUAAAGCGGGCAGCGUGCUUUCACUUAAGCUGAAUAUGCAGUCCUAUCUGUGUACGAUUGUCUGUACGUGAUCCACUGUGAAUAGAAUAGAAUAGAAUAGAUCUUUAUUGUCAUUGUCACCAAGUACAACGAAAUUAAAAGUGCUCUCCAGUCAGUGCAUCAUAUAAAAAUAAAAGUCUUAAGAUUACUAGAAAAAGAUAAGAUAUAUCUAGACACAUUCACCCCUCCACGCAUACAUCAAAGCAUAGACAUUACAAGAGCAUUCAUCAACCUGGGUGUGGGUGUUGAACAUGAUCCAAUCCAACAAUGCCAUGUGACCCCACAUGGCAUUGUGCUGGAUCAGGAUCAGCCAGCAGUUCAAGAGCCACACAGUAACAGUUCAGAUAUAUUUUAAAUGGAUGUAGCUGCCAGUAGGGGGUUCAAAGGACAAUGUUGUUUCACACAAGUGUGAGAUAAGGCAGUAAUUGUGCGGCAAACUUAACACUGGAGUGCAAAGCAAUAGAAAAAGGAAUCAAUCACUGUGGGGCACACAAGAUCCACCCAAUAAUACAGGAUUUAUUCCAGUGUUGUUUUAAACACAGCUGGUCUAGUCAGCACAGGAUAACUAGUGCUCAUUCAGCGAGCAGGAAAUCCAAAUCUUUUAGGACAAAAUACAUGGAGCUGAUGGAAUGCUGUCUCAAUGGAGCGCUGCCAUGUCCAUGACAUGCCUCAGCUUCACUUUUCACAACAAUGUGUGGGGACCCUCACCAAUGCAGAGAAAACAUUUCCUGACUCCUUCCAAUCCUCUUUAAGUCUAGUUGAGUGAAUAGGUAUGCCGCGUUUGCACAGGGCACACGCACAAUGCUGUCAGACCAUGUGUUCUGCCACGUAUGUGACCCUCAGCAGGCUCGGCCACCCUUUUGAAAUUACUGAAACCAGUCAGCUGCAUUUCCAUAAUCUGAGGCAAAGUGCUUUAUUUAUUCAGAGAAGACUGAUACAACUCCUGACAUGCCUGUCUUCAAACUUGGAUACAGUUACAAACAUUUAACAGGGAUGUGUCCUAUGGAACCAUUGCACUGUGACAGGGUCCGAUAUCACCUUUUUGAGUUUCCGGCCAAGUUGGUUGUCAAAAAAAAAAAAAAGCGUUGUGAAUAACAAUCUUUAUUGUUCCCUUUUUGUCAAAUACACAUUUGUUUCACAUUCACAUUUGUUGACUGAUGUGCUGCACAGUGAUAUGCGUGCUGUUUUUGAGUGUGGGAGCCUGACCCUGUGAUACUCUGACAUGCAGACAGUGAAAAAAUAGAUGUCACACCAAAAGUGGGGUGAUGGCAUGGCCAAGUUUUGUCUUUAAAAGACAGCUACAGUGGCACAAACAUGUACCUAGAUAACCUUCUGAACGAUAUUCACCAAAUGGAAAAUCUACCCACCCUGGACCCUGUUCUUUACUUUCAAGUUGGAGAGGUAAAUCAGCUCAGUCAGCGGCUUAUUGGUGGUAGUUGCAGAAAAAAAGAAAAUAAGCAUAAGAGUUUGGACAUCUUAUAGAUAUGACCUACCAAUGGAAAAACCAAAAAACUGAAAGCAGUAAAGUUCUUUACCUCCAGUUCCCAGGAACGAAACAGAUGCGAAAGAGGAAAAAAACGGAGAUCUCUCUAUUCUCUUCAAACUGAAAAAAACAUAACAGUGUCAUAAAUGUUUUCUGGUGCUGUAUUAUUUCCUUUCAGAACAUCUGAGUAUACCAUCUGAGAUCAGACAUAAGGGAUGAAAAAAAGCUGGUAUUGACUAGUUUUUUGAUCAUCAUUCCAGUAUUAAUAGGACUUGAAGGGGACUGUGAUCUAUAUAACAGCAAAGCAACAAAUGGGUGCAACAUGCUUCCCAUCUGCGUUUCCGAACUAAGAUGUCCUUUGACAACUGUUCGCUCCACACAGAGCCAUGAACUUUAUGAGACACUUAUGCUCCGGUAACAAUUAAAACUUCCUCAUCUUCACAAAAAGGUUACUUUUACUUUUUGCUUGUCCAACUCUUAUCAGAUCCAUAUGUUGAGAUUACGUGUGUCAGGGAGAUGCAGUACUUUAAACUACUGAUGUUAUAUUCCCACAUCUGCCUGACAGCCCGGGACAACAGAGUACGAGGACCAUAAGGAGAGCAGACCAUGUUUUUGAAUAAGCCUGCUCAGUGUUAAACCGCAGUCCCAAGGGACUUCUGAAGAAUGAAACCACUAAAGAAGUAGCAAGCAUGCGGCCAAUGGAGACCGUUGAUUAAAAAGUAAAUGACUGUUUUCAAAAGAUUCUCUUGUUUAUUACGUUUUGAUGGGAAAUUACAACAAGUGAGCUUUUUGUUAUACCAGUGAGCAUUAUUUUUUUUCUCCAUUAGAGAGGACAGUCAAAGAGAGACAGGAAAUGUGACAGUUUUUGCGCUAAUAACAUUUUAAGUACUGCUGUAAAAUGACCUGAAGAAAUAUUGUCACAAUAAGUAUUUGCAUUGAACACUCUUGAUUGUGCAUGUGUAUAUUAGGUACAACCCAACUAGAAACUUGAGAAACUUACAGAAACUUACAUGGAGUCUGAUUCGCCGACUGUAAUUUGUUCUGGAAUUGCAUCAAAACUUCAAAUCACGGUUUUCUUGUGAACAGCCAACACUUAUUGAAAAGCUUGUGGACAAUAAUAUCCUAAACUACGAACAGAAACCAAACAUGUCAUGAUAAGUGUGUAGAGUUUGUGCUCAUACAAACAACCUGUUUAUAGAGCUUAUGCAGAACCUCUGGCCUUUUUAAGAUAAUGGACAUGGUCUGUUUACUCACCACUGUCCAGGCUUUCUUGGCAAUCGUCUGCAUUUUGCCUGAAUCUACAUUUUCUCUCUUUUCCCUUUCAGACCAGCCUGCAAAAACAUACACAGUUCAUCAUGUCACAGAAAACCAGUCAGAGGAUGGAGGAGCUGAAAUGGUCCUGGAGACCAUGGAUGCCACCGUGGCUGAGCCAAAUCCCACCACUGAAGCCCCCCCAACAACUACCACCACCACCACAACUACAACCACCACAACUCCCACCACCACAACUGCGCCAACUACCAUCACCACACAAAGUGCAUCAGCUCCUGAAAGACCAGCUCCAACCAUUGUGCUGGUGCUUGACAACUCCAACAACAACAGUCGACCCUCUCUGCACAGAGCAGGUACACGCUGAAUAACCCACUGUGAAUGAGCUCAGUGUAGAUCAUUUAAAGCUUGUAGAGUCUGCCAACAAAUUUCUGAGAGAAAUGAAUUUGAAACGAGUGUGAAUUGUGUUAAACUUCCUGCUUGUUUCUUUCAGGAAAGAUCCUCAACUGUGAAGGGACUCUGGGAUCCAUUGAGCAGCCAGAGAAGCAGCACAGUUACGGGCGCAACGAGGGAGCCUGGAUGAAGGAUCCCCUGGCUAAGGACUCCAAGAUCUAUGUCACUAACUACUACUAUGGCAACAACUUGGUGGAGUUUCGCAACUUGGACAACUUCAAACAAGGUGGGCCUUUCUGACAUUAUCUCAUUCAUCCUCGGUUAAGUCUUAAGCUCUACUGCAUCAUUGUGUUCAAAGGGUUCUUUUAGCCCCACCAAAGAAACCCAGUAUCGCUCACUGAUUGACUUGCAAUGAUAAAUGUCCAUCAGGUGCCACUUAUUGGGCAUCUGAAGGCUGCAAAGAAAUCCAGUUCCUGUUUUUCAACUUGCACAAAUACAAUUCUUCUUAGAUUGAUGCAUUUUAUUUAUAGUUAAGGCCACCUUACAAGAGAGGGUCAAUACAAGACAAACAAAUGAGUCCACAAAAUAAUUCAAAACAAUGAAUGAAACAGUGGAGGUCAGCAGAAAUGAACAGUCAGACUGAACAGAGUACAUCUGAGCUGAGCUUUACUCAGUGGCCUGCCUGAACUAACACUAUGCUCAAUAUCUGAAAGGUUUUUGUUUGUCGUUAGAGAAUUUUGCUGAUGAUCCAUAUCAGGUUAAAACACUGAGGCAUCACAUUGGGGCAUCAGUAGCUAAGGCAGUAGUUUACUCUGUGGGGACCUAACUUGUGUAUAGGAGGGCAACUAGCUCAAGCCCUGUCAUGGGUCAAGGUCUGUAGGAUAGACUCGAUGAAAGGAUGUUGUUUCAUGAGGGACCCUUCAGAAGGGCGCUGACCCCCAACAGCUCAGGGGGCAAAGUCUACAUAGUCUUCUCAACUAAGGGUUUGAAUGGUCUCCUUUUAGGGGGCAGCCCUAAAAGUUACUAAUUUAAAGUAUUUUUUAAUACUUAAAUAUAUUCUUUUUAUGGUUUGGUUUUGGUAGGUAAGCAGCUUCUCGGUAGGUUUAGUUUGGCAUCUGCGUUCAUAAACCGAGAGAUAUCUUGACUUUCCUCUGAUUUCCAUCUUUUAACUGUAAACACUACAAUGAUCCCAACAUACUGGUCUACCUCUAGUACCUCUCUGUUUUAGUGAUAAGGCUGUGUUUUCUCAAAUAACAUCACUGACACUGAUUCAUGUUGAUUAUCCAAUCAGCUCUUUGAGACUGAUGAGAUCUGAGGAAUGUAGGUUUGGUUGUUUCAUGGCUUCAGUGGGUGGGAAAAUCAACUCCUUCCACAUCCAAAUCAACUGAGGAAUUGGAUUACACUCUUUAAGAGAGUUAAGAUGAUCUCCCCUCACAGGACUUGGCUUGUUGAUCUAGAUGUGUUUAGACAAUCUGCUUUCUAAAUGCACUUACAUGUGAGGCAUCCUGCAGUGUGGUGAGUUCACAGCUGUGUGCGGAUGACUUGGUAUUUGGAGUUGCAGUGGUGCCCGCUGUGCCCUGACAUGUGCUCUGGCCUUUCCUUUGAACUGGGCACAGUGGAGAGGGAUUAAGCGUGUGGGCUGGACUUAGGGGUGGGGAUGGAGUGAGAGUGUUUUACGGCCCGUUGUUUUUGUCCUUCACUGGACUUUCCAUUUAUUAUCAUUAUCUAAAUCGCACUUCCUGAGGUUGGAAGGUUAGGAAACCAGAUAGGAUGUGAUUAGAAAGUGACACCUACAGUACACAACGUGUUUACUCAGGAGUGAACUGUUAAAAAAACUCUGUCACUCUCAUAUGAAGCCAGUGUGUACACAGUCUGACACUGUAAAAACAUUGUCAUUGGCUCUUUGAAGGGCAUAAUACCAGCAAAGCACACACACUGCUGGUUAUAUCCAACUCAUAACUACUGAAAGAUAUUAUACAGAUAAGCCCUAAACCCUAAAGGGGUUUACUUUAUGCUGCAUUAAAAAAUAUCCUCUUACAUAUGAAAAGAUUUAAUUUUACCCACGAAUAAUGAUUGAAUAAUGCACUUGGAAUAAUGUUUGGACAAGCUGUUGCCCUUAAGACAUUUUGUCCUUCAAGUGAGUCAAAAUCCGGCCUUAAGCUAGGGCAAUUGGGUCCCUGUUUUGAAUGACCUGUUCCCAGCUAAAGCCGUCCCCGGAAAUGUCCCUGAUAUCAUGAAUGAGAAAAAUGUCACGUGCCAACUAGAACAACGGUUAUUAGGUUAUUGUGGCAGCCAGGGUAGGUAGGUCCCUGGAUUUCAUUUCAGAAAUCUGGUCACCUUGUCUUAAGCAUAAACCUAGAGGAUGCGUGAUUGUUGUGAUCUAUCGGCAUCGUGUACUACACAAAAAUAUGUUUCUACAAGCGAUAAAAUGCUGAUCUGUUUUGUGUGAAUUAGAAUGGUGAAUGAAUGUUAUAGCUAACAUGAUGUACUUGGAUUUUGUAGGCCGAUGGAGCAACCUUUUCAAACUGCCCUACAACUGGAUUGGCACGGGCCAUGUCGUCUAUAAUGGAGCCUUCUACUACAACAGAGCUUUCACCAAGAACAUCAUCAAGUACGAUUUGAGGAUGCGAUAUGUAGCCGCCUGGACUCUGCUGCAUGACGUGGUCUAUGAGGACACCACCCCCUGGAAAUGGAGGGGCCACUCAGACAUUGACUUUGCAGUUGAUGAAAGUGGCCUGUGGGUAAUUUACCCCUCGAUAGACUACGAUUAUAACCAGCAAGAGGUGAUCGUCAUCAGUAAACUGGAUCCUGGAGACCUGUCACUGAAAAAGGACACAACCUGGAGGACAGGUCUAAAACGUAACUCCUACGGGAACUGCUUCAUAAUCUGUGGUGUCUUGUAUGCGGUUGAUGUGUACAAUCAAAAAGAGGGUGAGGUGAACUAUGCUUAUGACACGCACACCAACACUGAAGCCAUCCCACGCCUGCCCUUCACCAAUGAGUACUCCUUCACCACCCAGAUUGACUACAACCCCAAGGAGAAGGUUUUGUACGCCUGGGACAAUGGCCAUCAGCUCACUUAUCAGAUUAACUUUCUUGAACAGUGAGGUACAGAUUCACUAUAGAUACACUCACAAUAGGUCUGCCAGUGUGGCACCUAAAUCAAAAGAAGACACUCAGACUUGACAGCAGCCAUAUUGGACUCAACAGGACAAAGGAUGAACCUACACCAGCCGUUCACUACCAAUGCAUGCUAUUUAAACAACUGACCUCACAGUGUACGGAUCACACAUGACUUUAAAUGUGUUUUGGGAUGUGACUGUAAGAUUUUUCUGUGCUGACAGCAGACAGCGGAAACAAUCUCACAGGUUGAGUUAAAGCUCAUGAAGACAAACUUGGGAACGCAGAGAUUUUUGUUCUUUGAUUAGCAAGGAGUUUGAUAAACGAGAUUAACUGUUUAACACAAUGCUGAUCUCCAUCAGGGCAUUUUGAAGCUUGCAUUUUUGACCUCUUACUGGAUGACAUUUUAGUGGAAGCUACCUUAAGUCUGCAAAAUCCUCAGGUCAAUCAAGUCUUGAUAUCUCUUUCUGAGGUUAUUUUAGAUGAGUCUGUUUUGAACACAUUUAUAAAGAGGUCUUGAUCUUGGUUGCUGCUAUCUCCUAUCUAUACAAUUGAACUUUGUAAAUGAAAAAAAAAGUUUUGUGUAACUCAAGCUACAGGUGAACAUGAGAACGAGGAUCACUGUAAACCAAAGGUAUUGCUCAAAAACAGGUGGAGUCCAUCAUCAAACAAAACCGUACUUUAUGACACAUAAGAUAACCUGUCAAUCUGUUUCAAGUAAAAAGAAGAUAGCUCAGUCUGGGUUGGUUGGGCUCUAUACAGAAUGUAGGGGUAGCCUAGAUAAAGGGCUAUCAAAGUAAUUAGCAUUCACUCCUAUGUAAUGGUGCACCCACCCAAACCCUAGUUCGCAGGAGAGUUUUAAGACAACCACAUUGACCUUUGGGACUUUUUUGCUAGCAACAAUUGUUCCCAAGGCCAAGAAGAGUCAAUACAUUUCAAAUGAGAACUAUUUGUACUCAAGUAACUGCAACCAAAAAGUAUACACUCACAGUACAUCCUUUUAACUCUGGUAAAAGAGAGUUAAAAAGUGUCUGGUAGUGUAAAGCUACCGAGUGAAAUGAUUGCAAUUGUUGUGAUCUGGAUUGUUGAUAUUUCUGGGAAGGUGCACAUCAGUAUACAACAUAGGGUCUGCAUUUUAGCCAUACCUGAGACUUUUCUGCAUACCUAUAGUAUAAAGGCAGGGCUAAUGUAAAUAUCAGGCCUUAUUCAUAGCCAUGAAUAGUUAAGAUUUUGGGGGAAUUACUCUGCUUUUUCUGCUCUUUCAAGUAAACAUACACUGAUAUACAUCAACAGUAAAAGGCAUCAGUAAAAGAAGAUCUGUAAUUCUCAUUUUCACCCUUUGUCAUGUUAGUCUGGGACAAGAGUAGCUUUCCAUGCUUGUCAUCCCAUAAAGCUCCUUAGUAUCAUAUACAGGUGUCAAUAGAAAACCUCAGUUUUAUCACUGUUCAGCUUUAAAGCCCACUAGUUAAAUGGACAUUUUUCAGGGGAAGGAAAAUCAAUAGGAGCUUCCCGGUGGGUGUGUCCUUGAGAGAAAUGCUAAGUGGGCAUAUCCACUUUAAAAAUCUACCUGUAACAAAACUAUCCUCUGCAAUUGUAUCUGCUUUCCCAUCACGUAGCCUUGAUAGUACAGUCAAUGAUACACUUACUUCUUUAAAGCUUUAUCACACAUUCCUGUGACUAGCUGAGUGUAGGUAACAGCAAGUUGCUAGUACAAGUAAGUGGAAACCAACUUAAGCUCCAGUGCUUUACUGUAACACGCGCACUGUUUUCUAAAUUCAGAUUUCUCACAGCGAGUAUCUAGUGGCAGGAAACGUGGCAUUCAUAUAUCGUUUCUAUUUCAUUCAGAUUUCAAAGUCAUAAAUAAAGAUGAACUAGCUAGCUAGCUAGGCUACAUAAAUUUAGCAUGAGCAAGAAUCCUUCAGCUUCAGAUUCCCAUCCAUUUUACCUUUGAAUGAGCUUCAAACAUAAGUGUAAUCUAGCUUUGCCCCAACUUUUAACUCAACCAAUGAGAUUAUUUCUGCCUGCAGAAUGAUUCUUCGUUUGAGAGCUAUUUUAAACUAAAGAAUCACCGAUUGUUUCACACAUUCAUCAACUCCAUCCUUUCACCAAGCACUUUGAUUAUGACUCUGCAUUAUUAUUCCUGCCUCGUGAUGCUACCCUGUCUUUUUAUUACUGAUAUUUUUGUUGAGGGAUAUGAUAUCAACUCCAAAAAAAAACACAUUUUCAAGCUUGAUACUCUAUAUUUACCUGAACCCAUUUGACAAUAUGAUACACCUUUUUUAAUUUCAAAGCUUCUUGUAAAGUUUCUUUAUCUGUGUAUAAAAUAUGCAGUUUUGUAUUGUUAAUACAUUUAAUAACCACCAGUUUGUUCUUGAGUUUUCGAAUACUUUAAUCUCGAUCAUUCAUGCUAACACAAAAGGUGCCGUGCGCCAUUACAUGUCGUUUUUCCAGUAAUGAACAUUGUACAUGAAAAGUGUCUUUGACAUUAAAUAAGAAUACUGGGGGAGUCACUUUCUACAGUAUGUGGUCGUGUUUUAGUGAGGACCUCUGUAACUGAGUCACUGUUAACCAGGAGUUUGAGAUUGGAUCAAGACAAAGACUAGUGUGGGUUAACACUGAUGAGAUGUAAAACAUUAAAACCUAGGUACACCUGAAUUUGAUCUAAAAGACUAAAAACAUGAACAGAAAAAUAUAUUAAGUUGUCUCCACAUUCACCUCUUUCAUAUACAGUUGUCUUUACAGCAUGUUUGUUUACAUGAGCGUUACAUUAAAAACCUCUUGGCAAAGAACUCAAAAAUUAUUGCAAAAAUUUAUCUUUUUGGAUUCCCUCUUGUAUUUUAUGUGCAAAAAGAAAUCAGUGGCUGAAAUAAGCUUCAACAUCUACUCAACCAGUGUUUGUAUUACACAUUAGCAGUCUUGUCAUGGUCCUUUACAAACAAGUUUUUGUUAUUAAUGGACUGAAUUCAAUUCUCGCAAAUAUGUCAUGGAUGAAAAACAAAAUGUGUAAUUUUGUGAUAAGUCGCAGUUGUGGCAUUGAUACAAAAUCCAAGGUUUGUCUGAGAUUAAACAAGCCAAAGUAAAAAUGUGGUAACUCAAAGAUAAGACCUUUAAGGAGUGGUCUCCAGGUCUGAACUUACGCCCACUGUUACGACACUGCGUAAUGUUGAUAAAAACUGAAUUUGAUGUGUCACAAACCAUAUAAACUCAAGAUUACUUGGAAAAAAAGACAAUAUACAUUAAAUGUUGAAAUUGGAAAUUAAAAGAUUUUAUGGAAAUAGAUAAUUUGAUGACAACAUCAUGUCUCAAAACAAAAAAGUGUCAUGUAACAGCUGUUGGAAAUGGUAAGCUUGUAACUCUAAGAGUUAUUUAUAUUCUGUUUUGGUCUCAAACUGAUUCACAAACAUAUUUCACUGCUUGUUCAUAAUAAUCAGGAGUGUUUUGUUACGUGUAUUCAUAAAUGCUUUCUGAUUUCUAUAAAAAUAAUUUGUUCAAGUUUAAAUAAUACUGUCAUGAAAUGUAACACCACACUUGAAACCAGCUGUACAUGUGUCUGUGCUAUGAAAUAAACCUCCAUCAUUAAUGUCUGGCAUGUGGCUAAUAAAUCAGUCCCCUGUGUCCCAGUAUACACCAUGGGACAGCAGGACUCGCCUUACCCUCCUCAUGUUGAAGGGAUAAUGAACGGUGAGUCAGAUCUUCUGAUUUCUGGAUAACUCCUCUCAUGAGCUGUGUUUAGUUCUGGUGCAAAGGUCGCCAUGCUCUGCUGAAUGUCGAUCUCAAAAUACACCAAAAGGAGCAGCAGGUCGUGGUAACAAGGGCAUGGCUGCUUGAUUUCUUGGCUGAGGAUUUGAGAGUCUUGGACUUCAGCUCCAAGUCAUGCAAUUCUGCUGGGAGGCAUCAAGAGAGCUGAAUAGAGGGUGUGGUGGUGGACCCUCGCAUGUGGUCCUCAUUUAGGGGGAUCUACUCCUUAGUUCUAUUUAAAGGUUCACUCUGUUCCCUUUUACACCAGAUAAUGAUGUUCAUUAAUGAGUGCAAGGCAAGUCCGUAAGUCUGAUUAGGGCAGCACUAAUGGUGUGUCCAAUUCUGAACUCUGCCUCCAAAUGUUGACAUGUUGUUGUAAUGGAACAAUGACGUCCACGUUAACCGUGGUGAUGAACACUGACAAUUCACAUGACCUAUGCUGCUUCCGUCUCAGGGCCUCACGUUGAACACAAAGCCUGUCCUGUUGCUAAAUCAGGGCUCAACUUGAUCCUGUUCACAUCAGCAGGGCCUCCUCUUUAUCACCAUCAUCGUGUACCUUCAUGUCCUCACAGGGCCAACCAUGUAAAGCCUUUGUCUCUACAUCAUGUCCCACUGUGAAGCCAAGACCUCCAUUGUUGAAACAUAUUAAUGUUCAAGAAUUAACUGGUUCAAUACAGGAAGAGAUUUUUGUUUUUGUGCUGCCAAAAGACAAAGGAUGGUAACUGACUCUGCAAGUCUGUUUCACUGGAUUCAUCUGAAGAAGAAACACCCCACUGUGCCUGCCCAGGUAAAUAACAACGACAAAUGAUAUGAAUGAAUGUUAACUCUUCAAAUUUCACAUUCACAAAACUCAGUGUUGUAAGUAUAAAAAAGGCGUAUGCUGUCAUUUUGUGCUUUUGCUUUUUUUUUUUUGUAUUUUUUACAAGGCAGCAUGACUUGCUAAAUCUCCUGUUAGAUAUUAACAGGAGAUAUGCUGUGCACCAUUAAGCAAUGGUUGACUCAAUAGAUCCAAGCUACCUCAUGGUACACAUUUACCCGCCCUGAAUUGUGGCCAAAUAUUAACAUGAUUCCGUUACAUGUAUAGUUUCAAGAGAGUGUUUUUGAAAUUGACCUAUCAUAUUAAGGCAUAGAAGCUUUUCUAUGACAAUAAGGUCAGGGUAAAAGUACACAUUCAGCCAAAACGACUAUGAUAAAACUGUCUGAGAAAAUUAGUUCCACUUAUUAAUCUGCAUUUUAAAAACACAAAACAAACAACAACAAAAACAACCCCAUGAAUUAUCAACCACAAUUUUCUGAUCAUGACUUAUGCUUUAACUAUUGUGAAUGUCUUGCCAAAAUUAAUAGUGCAACAGCAGAUCGAAGUACCAUUGUAUACCAAUAGGCCUAUAACCUCGAAGUGGUCACCAAAACCUUUUUUUCGAGAUGAAAGAAAACAAAAUAUACAGUAAUACCACAUUUCCUACGCCUGAGGCAGUAAUUUCACAUUUCCAGAGUGAUGUCUCUUCCUGACAGUCUGUCAAAGAUGGAAGUGUGAGCAAUAGGAAGGACCAAAACAAGGUCAGAAAACAGGCAGACUGGAGUGUUUUUGAUUGAUUGUGCAAGCUUACAGGCAGGUAAAGGCACGUAGGAAGUCAAGUAGAUGGAUGGCUUCGGGUUCAAGUGAGCAAAAUCUCAAUAGCAGCAAAAAGUAAAUAGCAACCCAGUGAAAGGCAACGUCAAUGAACUGGCAUAAACAUAAAAAUAAAUAAAGGAAAUGAUCUGGCAUAUGCAAAGUGCAGCAUCUAUUAUCGCACAUGUGCAUGGACACUCUUUGGCUAAUGAGUCUUGAGAUAACUUGCAUGGUAAUUUUGUGGCAAAUAAAUAUAAAUCUUUUAAUUCUUUAAUUAUUUAAUGUCGAUUAACCACAGAGGUGUCAACAGUGUCAGAAUAUUAGAUAGGAAAAGAACUGAAAGUCUUACAAUAUUCAUUUCACUCCGUUUUCAGAGUUCUGCUUGCUGGACCAAGCCAGACGUGUUCAGGGAAUUAGAAACUAAAGUACCAUGACAGCAAACAUGUUUUUGUUGUCUGAUAAAGGAUUGUACUGUGUUGAUUUGUUCCAGCACUUUACAGUCCAAGACCCCCCCUCACAGACCUCUACCAAGAAAAGAUCUCUCCAUUACGGGAACAUUCCAAUGCACCAUCCCAAAUAUACAGAUCCACACCCAUCCAUGAAACAACUCAUCAGGACCUCUGUGUGCAAGUCUCAGUAUAAACAUAAAGAAACACCUACAGAUCGAGCCAAGAGGAAGAAAAAAGAUACUCGGUGUGGAGUUGAUUUAAAAGUCUUUAAAAGCAUCCUUGUUUACAGACAAGAGUGGGACACUAUGUUCUUUCAAGGGAUAUUUUAGUAACAGACUUGCCUGGAGAUGGCAUGUAAAGUAAUAAAAAGAAGACUUGUGAUCAGUUAUCUGUAACUAUCAAAGGAACAUCUAGAAUUCUCACAAUGAUAACCAAAUAUAAAAUGGUAUCGUAGUGGUAAGAGAAACAGAGACUUGAUUCGAAGUUUUAAAUAAAAUGUUCAAACUUGAUUCUUGACCAGCCCAAGUGCCAUCCAAAAAUCCAGAACUACAAUUUGCUUUGUCAAGACCGGGACCUAAUUUUUGUGGUGGUAUAACCAUUGCCCACUUGUUUAAUUCAUCCCAUUUUCCCGCAGGGAGGCUUAUUGGGGGAUCCACCACAACUCACUGACUUGACGAACCCCAUUAAGGUUGUUGGAUAAACGAAAGGAAAGAAAGAAAAAGAAGAAAAGGGGUGGAUAAGAAGAGUGCAGAACAUGAGAGUAAAAGUCGACAUGGUAUAUAAAUGUCAUCCAGCCAUGACAGAGUGAUAUCAGUGCAAAAGGGGUUGUUCAAUGUUCCAUGACCCAUGUAAGGAAACGCAUAUGCACUUCUUAGUGCCUUCCCUGCUAAAGUAGGGGCCCCAGCUGAGCCACUCAGGUCAAAACAAUUUCAUCACACCUGCUUGACAGCCCAGACAUACCUGUGGCUGCAAAAGAGCACUGACUCUGUCCCUCCUCUGUCAGACUCAUUAUGAACGUUUCAACACAGGACAAAUAAUGACAGGAUGACUGACAUGGCAUCUGAUCUGCUGCAGCUCCCUGUGUCUCAAAUUGAUUAAGAUCUAACAGCUUUGAGAAAAUGGUCAUUAGCACACUGCAGAGAGUCCCAUGGAUCUCAUGUAGAGAUAAGCAGGAUGCUGUGAGGAUGACUUUUGGCUUUUAAAUGACAUACUGCGAGCACAUUAACUAUGAAGGCAUUAGUAUUUGUUAAGGGGGGUAUCAUGCAUUUCUUUCAGACUCUAUAGUUCCUCCUUUCUGAUACCUCUUGAAAGCCUCAAAUUUUACACUGUGGUGUAUUAAAAUAUAGUUUUUCAGCCUCCAUCAGAAACGCUUCAUGUUGGCUGCUGUCUUUAUAAUCAAUCAAUCAAUCAACUUCAUUUCUACAGCACAUUUAAAAGAACCACAGGGUUAGCAAAAGGCUCCCCCUCCACAAGCCAACUUCCUUCUGACUGGCCACCUCUCCAGAGGCUUUUCGAAAGACGGUCGAUGGCAGAGCUCGAUGUUUUAGCCCUGCUCCCUCUAGUGUGGUUGAUCAGUUGAGCAGCAUAACCCCAAUAGACAACAUAUAUGUAAAUAUAUAUGAAUAUUAGAGGGAUAUUCCAGCGUAAAAUUAAGUUAGGGUCAAACACACUGUAACACUGAGUUAGACACCGCAUCGAGAGAUGAAUGUUGCUGACCACUUGCUUCUCUAAUUAUACCAACUUUAGUAACGACCGCAGAUAGCAAUACGGAGAGCAAUACAGCACCUGACUACAUCAACAAUACACAAAGUGGACCAGCCACAGCACUAGCCAUCAAAUAUCUUUUAACUUUGCCUGAUUUCUUUAGCAAAGAGACUAAACACAACUCACCCACUCUCUUCCAGCAGCCACUUGUUUGUAGCAAGACCUCGGGCCAGUCCAUUAUGGACAGCAGUGGGGUGACGCAGCUCAAGGAAGAACAUUUAUGAUCAUUACUUUAUCAUUUCCUCAAAGUAAUAAUCAUCAAAAUAAUCAUUUUGCAUUGCAGACGCGGUAGUUCUUCUGCCUCAGGGUCUCGGUCUGAUUGCAUUUCCAUGAAGUAAUAAUUGACGGGGUGUCUAACUCGGUGUUACAGUGUGUUUGACCCUAACUUAAUUUUACACCGGAAUAUCCCUUUAAAUCUAUGGCUACCCCAUCCUGCAGUGGGUGUCACCUCACACGCUGAGCUUCUUGCCGGAAGCUCAGUUGAACCAGUAAGGAGAGUCUAUAAUUCUUACGUCAGAAUUUUAGUAAAUUUCGCUCAUAAACUACGGUCUCACAUUUUCAUGCAUUUGUCUGAGAUUUCAGCAGUUUACAUCUGUUUUCUAAGAUUACGACAAAAUAAAAUUACCUUGGGAUUUGAAACUUUGCAUACAUGUAGUAUGGAAACCAAACUUUGUAACUUUGAAGUUUUUGUUGUAAAUGUGGAAAAGAAUGAUACCCCCCUGCCGCCCCCUUUAAAGGGAAUGGGACAAGUGGCAACUUGAGUGUUGUACUGAACAGAAUGAAGAGAACUUCACCGUGACUUUAAUUAAGACCCUUGAAGCUAUUUCCUAAAACAGUCACUGAGGAGAAAGAGUUGGCUGAACAGGAUGUAAGAGCAGAGCAGAUAGUGAGCAUGCACCACCGUGCUUUUCAAAGCUGCACGGAAACUUCUGCUUGGUCAACCGUCUGUCAAUCCCUGAGCUUUAUGAAAUCUCAAGUGUAAAAAAAAGCUAGAAGGUCUGAUAGUCAAUUACAAUUCAGUGAUGAAGUUCUCCCCCGCUUGUCUGUGGAAAUUGGCAGGCACUCAAUUAUGUCUCAUGGUCUUUCCAGAGGGGGCUUUCCUGAGGUUAAGGCGCGGGACUGAGGAGCUCACCAAAGAAGGCCAUUGUACAAGACACAAUGGAGACUUUUGAAUACGAUAGAGGAGGAGUGGUAGUGUCAGGACCUCACAUCAACAUUUCAUUGCAAGGGUGAAGACAAAGCUGUUCCAAAACACCCACAGAUUCUGACAUGUGAUCCCGUCAAAACACUGCAGGGCAUAAACAAAUAUCCACACAGAUCAGUCAGAAUAAGGUGAAAUAUCUUUCCGAAUACAUCCAUAAAUCAUCGUGAUGAAGUGUGAACUCUUGGCCCUUGAUUCAUGUUGAUCUGAAAAUAAUAGAGUCUUUCAAAUGAGAUAAAGAGAUAACUGCGCCUCUGGCAAAUACAUACGGCCCUAAAAAAUACUGCAAAUGGAAUCUAAUACAUCUUUCCAAAAUAGAUAAGAUACGAUUGAAUGUUUUGGCAAGAACCUGAGCCCCAUCUGUUCACUAUGGUGACAGGAAAAUAAAUCAGUCAACAAGCAGGAACAAUCAAGCUGUUGCAUCUGGAUGACUAUUAUGCAGUGCUUUAUAUUAUAAAGAUACAUAGAUGGAUACUUAAGUAGUUUAUUGGACCAAGAUUGAAGCAGAGUUGUGCCUCACAUUCAUACACUGCCAUGCAAUCACUGAUAGACACUGUAAUGCACUGCCAGAAUCUGGCUUAGCUGUUUCUGAUGGGAGGUGAGGGCAUCUGUCCUCCAGAUUUUCCCAGCAGACUUCUCCUGGAACUUUUCUGCAUCCUGAUUUUCGUCUGGCAAGUUUGUUUGUUUUUCUUUUUCAUGAUAUUUCAGAGAAUUUCUUGUCUUUGUAAACUCAUGCAGUCCAAAACCUUUUCCAGCCACAAGCCUCCCAUCUGCAUCAGCAACAGACUGUACCCAAGGUGUGUACCAUCUGGUUAGACUGUGAACUUAAUUUUGGAGCCUUGUACUCGUGUCACAGCAUAAGCGGAAGGUCUGCAUAGUCCCAUACAUGUGAACAUUUGAUUUGAUUUGAUUUAUUUGGGAUCCCCAUUAUCCUUGGCCAAGCCUAAGCUAUUCUUCCUGGGGUCCUUAAGCCAACUCACAACAUAACAAUGCAAAUAUCUCAUAAUAUUAUCAUUAUAACAAUACUACUACUACUACUACUACUACUACUACUACUAAAAACAACAACAACAACAACAACAAUAACAAUAAUAAUAAUAACAAUAACAAUUACAAUAAUAAUAGUAAUAAUAAUAAUAAUAAUAAUAAUUAUUAUUAUUAUUAUUAUUAUUAUUAUUAUUAUACAUAAACACAAAACAAAUAAGCAAAUAAACAAACAGAAUACAUACAAAUACACAAUACAACAAUACAUAAACAAUAACAGAUAGCUCCUUGUACGCAGCCUAAUGACUUGUAUGGCGACUAUCCCAAACAACUUAGUCGCUGUGAGGCUAAGCAGUGGAAAACCAUACCUUGCCCGACGCGCUGGCUGUAUGUGCUUCAAUGAAUAGGCUGUUUCUCCUUUAGUAGUUUUAAUUAUGCAAAAAAGACGAAGCACUUACAUGAAACAAAGAAGGAAGUCUUUCAAUAUAAGGUGAAACAUAAGCAGUCAGCAAAAAGUAGGACUUCCCUAUUCACCCACCUUUAUAACCACACAAUAUACAAAUACUAUAAAGAUCAUGGCUACUACAAAGAAGUGGCAUCUACAUGACUCAACUGGGUCACUAAUCCGUCACCUAAAAUAUAAGUAAUUCAUUCCUGUAACUGUAGCUGAGGAGCCCAAUGUCAACUUCCUCUUUUGUCUGGUACAAGUGCACUGAAAGAAACAAAUCCUCUCUGCCUCAUCUUUUUUAUUUCUCUCUCUUUUCCAGCUGCAUAUGAAUAACAAAGACACAACCAGCUACUAAAUAAUCUAAGAUGAGGGUGCAGCUGGGAGAGCAGUGAACAUUGCACAGAAACAGAUAUUUUAUCACUAUUAGUAUUGCAUUUAUUUUUCCACAUUAUGCAUUACCUAAUUUGUUUUACUAUCACUAUUGUCAGUUGUGAAUUUCCAUAUAUUUUCCUGCCAUGUAUCUGUAGGGUGUAGAAUAUUAAACAUCCCCCACGCUCUCAGGUUUUACUGUUUUGUUUUUGUUCUGCUCCUAGCAUCUCCAGAGUAAGGGGUAGUGUUUCACUGCACAUUUCUCAUCUUUAACUUCAGGUCACUGCACAGACUCUAUCUGUAUCCCAGGUACUGUCCAAAACAUACACAUACACAGAAAAACAUACGCACUUUGUUCAGACUCUCUCUAUGAGUUUACAGUAAUCACAUCAUUGGAUUUUUCCAGAACUUUUCUCUCCAAAACUGAAACAACUGUGAUGACUCUUUUACAAGCCCAGCCCAAUGAAACAAAAACACGGUGUGAGCCAGAGAGAAAUCCCCUUAAAAAGAAAAAAGAAAUACAAAUGAUUUCCAGACCAUAUUUUUAAGGCAACACCAUCUAUCCUUAUUUUUUAGAGACAGAAUUGAAGCUACAUCGAUUUGAGUUAUCAGUGAUUAUGUUUUUUUGGAGAAGCAUUAGAGAAAAAGAAGAAGUUAAAUGUGUCAGGGUGGGACACUUGAAGGUGGGUGUGCUUGAUUUGGCAGCAGUGUCUUGGUCAUCCGCUAUGCCAACAUCAAUGUACCACAGGGCUCUCACACACACACACACUAUACAGUCUAAUGUAAUCGACUCACUUCAUCUAACAGCCGCCCUUGGCUGGCAGGAGAGCGACUCACCCCCAGAGUGCCCUGCCAUCUGUCACGCUGCACCACCCAACACCACCAGCCAGCUCCAAUAAGGCUAAACAUCAACACCACUUUGCAGCUGUUAGGGGGGCACAGAGGAGCUGAGGUGAUGUCUAAUGGGAAACAAUAUUGAUUUUCUCUGAAAGUUGGAAAAAUCUUCCUUACUUAAUCCAGACUAAUUCUGUUAAAGUGGGGUUUCUGAGCACUACAGGCUGACACUGGAAAGUCUGACUUGGGCUAACACUGACAUCUGAUUCAGACUCCAGCCUUUCCACGAAAACAACCUAAAGCUGAUGAGAUCAGACAAAUACAAGGUCAUUUGAUAGAGUCAAACUGAACGUCUUACAAACUCAGACUGAGAAUGUAAACACAGACCGAAUUAAUUUAGGUGUAGUUUUUAUAUACUCUGUUGUCAUACUUAACAGCAUCAUAGAAGAAGAAUACCAACCUUGGUGUUGUUCAAGAACAACCCCAAAAUUCAGUUUCAAGAAGAAAGUAGAAAUAAACUCUCUGGAUAAAAAGUCAGGAGUUGCUGAGCAGGGACAGCCUUUCAGCAUAAAACUCUUUUUUUUUCAGGUUGAACACCUUUAUAGGUGAACACUUGCUCUUCUCUGCUCUUUGACCUCCGCCUGCGGUUUCCCCACAGUUAAACUGUGAGGAAUCUGUGUAUCCUCUUCUUAUAAUAAUAAAGAAUAGUAUCUAGGCAGCAUUAUGAAUAAUAAAAUGUGGAUAUUUUAGAUUUUAAGAAAUAAAGGUAGGCAGCAUCUAGUAUUAAAAAUACAGUAAUAUUAAUAAACAAUAUGUAAAUCAUCUGCCUCAGAGAUUAAAUAUUUUUUUCUGGUGCAAUUUCUGACCUGUAUAAAGUAGAAAUAGUAUGUUGAUAUGUAGAUAAAGUUUUAUGUCGAUUAAGUAUCCUUUAUGAUUACCCUUCUGCGCCCAAAAUUGUGGUUUUAUUUUGAAAAACCCUGUCAUCUGAUUUUCUGAUCACAAUUGAAAAACUAAUUAUUUAAAGGUACUUGAACCUUUCUCCUCUAUUUUUCUCCUCUAUUAUACUUUUUAUAGCAGUACAACCACAUCUCCAGUUUUACUCCUGCUGUAACUACCAUUUUCCCUGCUACCACAACCCUGCUGUAAUGCAUGACUUCAUUAUUUGUGAUGGUUUAAAUGCAUAUUUGCAAAGCAUAUUUAAUCCUGCAUGCAGUUCUGGAACAAUCUUUGAUCCUUUUUAUUUUAUCUUUUGCAACAUAUUAUGGUUAUAAAGUCUUGCUGCACAAUAAUGUCUCAAAGUUAUUUUUCUUCUUCAUUACUCCAUGCCAAAAUCUUACAUUAUAAAAGCAUUACUAACUCAUUUGAUGUCCCUACUUUGUAACGCUCUACCACAAAAUAUUUCCUGAAACAUUUCACUUCACUCCAUUUGUGUUCUUACAUGCACUGACAUAUUUAUUAGGAGUUGCAUUCAUCUGCUGCACCCAAGCCUCAGC